CUCUGCAGCUCUUUAGUCCGCCGAUAAACCCACUAAAGGAAGAAAGAACGAGGGAGAGAGAGAAAGAGCUCACGUGUGAUGUGUUUGUUUAUCAGUGUUUUCUCUCUUCUUUAGUGUUUUAUUGAGUGUAAACAGAGUGUCUCUGUUUAUUUUAGUUUUAAGAUGUUAAUGAUGAGAGAUGAGAUGUGCUGUAAAUCAGUAGGAACUGAUCUGUCCAUGCUGGAUAUUGAUGAUUUCAUCACAGAAAUCUCUCAGCUGAAGAAAGAGGUGGCGUUACUGGAGACAAAACUGAGAGGAGAUGAAGGAGUGAAGAGAGAGGAUGUGGAUUGUUGUGACUCUUCAGUGUAUGUGACUGAUGGAUGUCUGGAUUCAGUGUGGAUGAGCAGAGAUCAGAGCCGCACACCACAGCCACUGCUGGACUCUAAACUCUCUGAAGAGAAAUCCAGACACACACAGGACUCAGAGCUCAGUCUCACUUUACUCUCUUAUACUGAGUCAAAGCCCACAGACGCUCAGGACACUGUGUGUGACAGUAAUCAGGGCUUACAGGAUGAGGAAUCUACUGAUCAAACCUCCACAGAGUCUCUGGAUUCUGUCUGUAACGCUGGAGAACAGCAGCAGAUCCUGCAGACCACACUGAAGAUGUGUUCAGUCAAACUGAUCGACUGCACGAACCUGAUGAUGAAAAUUAAAACAGAACCCACAGAAGAGGAAGAUCACACUGAAAAAGAUGAAGACAAUCAUGCAGAUGAUUUAAAUCCAUCAGAAAUCGAGACUCAUCAGACCAGGCAACAUUUUUUCACUCUUCAGCUGUCCAAUUUUGAUGUGAAGAGUGAACCAUGUGAUGGAGAAAUGUCCUCAAAUUCAGAAGAUCAACUGACAGCACAAACUCUUUACUGCAUCACCUGUGGAAAGACAUUCAGCUCACAGAGACAUUUAGAGAGACAUGAGAGAAAACACACAGGACAGAAACUCAGCUUUACUACCUUACAAGAGAAGAAACUUCAUCGUUCAAAAGUGCACGGAGAGAAGAAGAAGAAGUUGUUGUUUUACUGUGAGCAGUGUGGGAAGAAUUUUGACUUCUUAUCUCAUCUGAAAGUUCACAUGAGGUCACACAGUAGUGAAAAGUCUUUCUCCUGCACUGAAUGUGGAAAUUACUUCACCACCAAACAAAGUCUUGAUGGUCAUCAGAGAAUUCACACAGGAGAAAAACCAUACGAGUGUCCUCACUGUGAGAUGAGAUUCAGAGAUAAAAGCAAUCUGAAGAGACAUGUGUUUAUACACACCAAUGAGAGACCGUAUCAGUGCAGUAAAUGUGACAAAACCUUUAGGCAUUCAGCUUCAUUAAAAUCACACCAGAAAAAUCACUCCGAAGAGAAACUUUAUCAAUGUUCAUUCUGUGAUAAACAUUUCUGUCAUAAAUCUAAUCUUACAUGCCACGAGAGGAUUCACACUGAAAAACCUUACAAAUGCUCUCAGUGUGAAAAGACGUUUACUCAGUCAAGUACCUUAAAAAUCCAUGAGAGAAUUCACACUGGAGAGAAACCUUACGCCUGCUCUGAAUGUGGAAAGAGAUUCACUUAUCUAUCUAAUGUCAGAGUUCAUCAGAAAGUUCACACUGGAGAGAAACCUUAUCACUGUAGUGUUUGUGGGAAGAGUUAUGGGCGGCAUAAUAGUUUAGUAAGGCAUCAUAGAAGUCAUACAGUUGAAAGACCUUUCAAAUGCUCUCAGUGUGAGAAGACGUUUAAUCAGUUAAGUAAAUUAAAAGUCCAUGAGAGAAUUCACACUGGAGAGAAACCUUAUAACUGUAGUGUCUGUGGGAGGAGUUUUGGGCGGCGUGACAAUUUUGUAAUGCACCAGAGAAUUCAUACAGGUGAAAGACCUUUCAAAUGCUCUCAUUGUGACAAGACAUUUAAUCAGUCAAGUAACUUAAAAACCCAUGAGAGAGUUCACACAGGAGAGAAACCUUACGUCUGCUUGAUCUGUGGAGAGAGAUUCACUCAUUCUGGAGGUCUUCAGUAUCAUCAGAAGAAACACACUGAAGAACAAACUACAUUGAAAUCAUCACAGUGCCUUAAACUCUUUACACAUUGACUGCGUAUAUUCCACCUGAAUGUUCGCCUUGAGAAUAUGCUAGAACAAAAACAAUGCAUUUCUAUGAAUUACUUCACAUUGAUUUGUUCUUUAGUGAACGGAUGUUCAGAAGUGCUAACUUAACAGUAACUGGUUUUGGCCCUGUGUCAAUCUCAGAAUGACGUCAAAUAGGCAGUAGAUUAGAAAGAAGGCGGCACUCUCCAGCCACACAGCAAUUCUAUCACAUGUCAGGACAGAGAUAGGAAAAGCUAAAGGGACAUUGGGCUCCCGCUUGUUCUGUAAAUAACUAUGAUUGUUACUGCUGUCGUAGCGGGGACCCAACACAUAUCAGUUUUAUUGUUCCAGAGACAACAAAUAAAGAUAAUGAGAAUA